AUGGCAACACCUCAAGCAGCCUCAACCCCAGCGGAGACCCCAGCAAGGGCAGCCCUCAGGGUGAACGUAAAUCCUCAGACUGGCUGCAGAUUUAAUCAAUUACCCGCAGAAUUGAGGAAACUAUCUCACGCAUCUAAUGGGGACAAUCGCUCCAAGACACAACGCAAAGCCCCCAUCAUCACCAUGGUCCGCGAGUGUCUCCCGCUCGCAAUCAUGCGAACAUCGAAGGCAUUCUAUAACGACAUCGAGCCCAUCUUUCAAGACGUGGUCCAGGAUUACAAGAUGAAGGAAUCGGUACCAAAGCUCAUUUUGACGCCAGGAGACAUACCAAAUAUGGGAAAUGUCAACGAAAAUGAAAUAUUCAUAAUCACCCGAAACAUGCUGUGCGAGAUCUACGACAUGUGGGUAGAUCAUUUGGCAGCGGCGUUGCAAGACGCGGGUUGCACCACUACCGCGCCAUCGACGACCGCAACGCUUGACAGCGACGCUGCCCAUGCCAUCGCCUUCUCUGAUCGUGGUGUCAACGGUUUCUUGAGGAAAGUGGAGAGCUAUGCGAUUCAUUUGAUGGCGCCGAAACAACCAUCUGAUGAAUCCACACAGUCUGGCGAAUCCACACAAGGUAGAGAAUCUUCUUCAUCUCUAUCCGAGGAACCCACAUCAUCUACAGAAUCCACAACAUCCAGAGACUCCCCACCACCUCCAAAAAUCACAAUACCCGCCAAAGCCGCAAAUGGACGCAUCGCCGUUGUCCUCAACCUAUGUCGUUCCAGCAACGUCGGAGAGAUGUCCGAAUUAUCUAUCGCACGCAUCCACGCCCUCUCCUUCAGAUCUGUACUCCCUGGAUUCGGAAUCGCUUUUCCACCUCUGUUUGUUUACAAAGGCGAUGUACUGACUGGCUGGGGCGAAGCAGAUAAUCGUGCUUCGCCGGAGAACAUGACGGAAGCGGAGUGGAGUCGGUGGGCGGAGGGUUGCUGUUUCAGACGGCCUUUGGUUAUUGAUGGUAAGGAGGUGGGUUUUACUAAAUUCGAGGGAGACGUUGUUGAGAAUGAGGGUACUUAG